GCCCUUGCCAGCGGGCGCUGCGCCUCUGGCAUCUCCGACAUUUCUCAGGUGAGGCCGUUUGGGAUGCCUUCGCCUGGCGAACAGAAUGCUGCCGUUCCAAGCGGACUCCUGGGGGCCUCCGGUGUGUCGGACAUUUCCCAGGUGCGGCCUUUUGGGGGACCAAUGCCCGUCGAAGCAAACCCUCCUGGAGCCAUGCCCAGUGGUUGUGUCGGGGCCUCCGGCGUGUCUGACAUCUCUCAGGUCCGGCCUUUUGGGGUUCCCACUGCCGGCGUGGGCUGCUGUGGUGGGCAGUCCAACAAGGUCAUAGAUGCAUCGCUCCCGCCGACGCUCCCACCGUCGCCG